UAUUCUCUCUAAAACCUUUAAGUAUAUAAAACCCCCUAAAUAUCAAACAUGUCUCGCUUCGUGAUCCUCUCCGUGACUCUCAUCGUUUUCAUAAUCUACUUAUCAAGCUUUUCGAGAACAGAAGCCACUCCGCCAGCCAGAUACCAAAACUACAAAACGUACGUGAAAACGGCAUGCAACUCGACAAUAUACCCUACAAUGUGCUACAGCUCACUGUCCUCCUACUCCUCCACCAUCAAGUCCGACCCACUCAAACUAUGCACAACUUCGCUCAACCUCAACCUCAAAUCCGCCAAAAACGCCUCAUCAGUCAUCUCUAACCUUCUUCUAAAGGCCAAAGCCGCCAAAAGCCGUGAGGUCCCUAUCCUCAAGGACUGCUUGGACGAGAUGAAGGACACCGUGGACGAGCUCAAGCAAGCGGUCGCCGAGAUGAAGUAUGUCAGAGGCGGAGGAAAAACUACGGAGGAGCAUUUGAAGAACGUGAGGACGUGGGUGAGCUCGGCGUUGACCGACGAGAGCACGUGUACGGACGGAUUCGAGGAAGGGAAAGUGAAUGUAGAGACGAAGAAGAAGGUGAAGAAGGCUGUUUCCGAGCUUUCAAAGACAACAAGCAACACUUUAGCCCUUCUUACUCAUUAUUUAAGUUACUGAUCGAUUAACCAUUAUAUAUUUUCAACUUUCUCUUUGCGUAGCAUGUGCAUGUGUACGUUUUAUUUUAUUUUAUAUCAUAAUUAGUUAUAUAAUUUCCAAGUUUUCACACCAUGUACAUGUUUACGAAUUA